AUGUCCUCCGCUGCCGAGACACCAUCUCCCGCUUUCCUCGCCGAAAGCCAGACCACGACGGUCAAGGCCGUGAUGUGGUUGAUGUCGUUGACCCCUCUGGUCUUUGUCAUCCUCCGUCUGUAUGUGAGGCUUCAUCUUAAGCGGGUCUUCGGAUGGGAUGACUUGAUUGCUGCUGCUGCUGUUGCUUGUCUCCUCGGUUACGCUGCGGUCUGCCAUGCAGCUGCCGACAUAGGGCUGGGAAGACACGUCCAAGUGGUCGCGCAGAACCCAAAGGACCUCGUUAACUUAGCCCGGCUGAGCAGCAUCAGCCAGACACUGGCUAUCAUGGCUUGCGCCUGGGGGAAAACCUCGUUUGCGGUCACUUUGUUGCGAAUUGUGGUAAAGCGAUGGAUGACUGUUCUACUCUGCUUUAUUAUUAUUACGGUGAACGUGAUCAACCUUCUGGCAGCGUUAUUUGUCUUUGUUCAAUGCAAAGAUCCCAGGAGAAAUUGGGAUCCGAGUGUAAAGACAAAAUGCUGGCCGACUCAUGUCUUUACUGAUUACUCGCUCUUUGUUGGAGGUAUUGCUGGUGCAGCCGCGAUCGUCAAGACCUGUUAUCUGGUGACACUUUCAGCUAAGGCUGAUUUCACCUGGGAGCUUACUCCAUUACUCAACUGGGCCGCGGUAGAGGAUGGUCUGACGAUUAUUGCCUCUUCAAUUCCAACCCUAAAGCCGCUGCUGACCAAAAUCUUUCCCACAUCCGCUUCCCAGGAGAGCUACAACAUGCUGCCUCCUGGCGCCCAGAAGGAGAAGCGCCGCAUUAAGUUCGAUACGUCUCUCUACGCAACCCAGGUUGACACCGUUCAGGUCCACGAACCAGCCGACGAGGCGCUUACGGGCAGUCAGCAGUCGAUCCUCCCGGUUAAGGAGGAGGAUAAAAUCAACCUAACGACGGAAGUUUCCGUCACAUACAAGGCCAACUAG